UGUGACAGCCGCGGCAGUGGGACCCACGACCCUCGCGAGCCUCGCGCAGCCACCGCGGCCUCCAUCGCGUCCGGAGGAGCGGCCGAGUCCCAUCCCUCUCCUCGGCGCCCACAUCCGGGGGCAGUCCGGCCCGCCGUCGCUGCGGAGGCCGCAUCUGGCGCGCAUCUGGAACCGCCCGGCCGGCCGCGCUGGAGCCCGCGCCCGCCCUGGCCCGGCCGCGCCGGGAGCCCUGCCCGGAGCUGGAGCCGCACCUGGAGCCGCGGGCCCGGGGCCCUGAGCCGCGCAGCCGGCGCAUGGUGAACUCGCUGCUGUUCGGGGAGAUGGCCUUGGCCUUCGGCUGCCCUCCGGGCGGCGGCGGCGGGGGUUGCCCCGGCGGGGGAGGCGGCGGGGCUGGCCCAGGGCCGUCGCCGGUGACGGCGGCGCUGCGGGACGACCUGGGCUCCAACAUCCACCUCCUGAAGGGGCUCAACGUGCGCUUCCGCUGCUUCCUGGCCAAGGUGCACGAGCUGGAGCGGCGCAACCGGCUGCUGGAGAAGCAGCUGGAGCAGCAGCAGAGCGAGCGCGAGCGGCGGCUGCGUUACAAGACCUUCUCCCGCGAGCAGGCCGUGCAGACCGGGCCCGAGCUGCUGCGACCGCCGGCGCCCGGCGGCGGGCACGGCAGCGGCGCGGCGGCCGGCGCCGGCGCCAACGCCAACGCCGCGGUCCUGGGCGGCCUGCCCCCCGGCGGCGGCUCGCACCCGCAGCACUACGGCCGCCUGCCCGGGACCAUCUGGAGCUACACGCAGGUGCGGCGCACGGGCGGCGGCGGCGUGGAGACCGUGCAGGGCCCCGGCGUGUCGUGGGUGCACCCCGACGGCGUGGGCGUGCAGAUCGACACUAUCACGCCCGAGGUCCGCGCGCUCUACAACGUGCUGGCCAAGGUGAAGCGCGAGCGCGACGAGUACAAGCGGAGAUGGGAGGAGGAGCUCGCCAAACGCAUGAACCUUGAGACCAUGGUGGAGACGCUGCAGGAGGCAGCGCAGGAGGCUGACGCCAUCCAGGAGGAAAUGAAUGAAAAGAUCGAGCGGCUCAAGGCAGAACUGGUGGUGUUUAAGGGGCUCAUGAGUGAUCCCAUGACAGACCUGGACACAAAGAUCCAAGAAAAGGCCAUGAAGGUGGACAUGGACAUCUGCCGCCGAAUCGAUAUCACGGCCAAGCUGUGCGAUGUCGCACAGCAGCGGAACUCGGAAGACGUGUCCAAGAUCUUCCAGGUGGUCCCCAAAAAGAAAGAGCGUAAGGUGGCUUCGGAUGAUGACAUCUCCGAGCAGGAGGGAGAGGUGAACCGGUUCUCAGAUGACGAGGUUGGCUCCAUGAACAUCACGGAUGAGAUGAAACGCAUGUUUAACCAGCUGCGGGAAACCUUUGAUUUUGACGACGACUGUGACAGCCUGACUUGGGAAGAGAAUGAAGACACGCUGCUGCUCUGGGAGGAUUUCACCAACUGCAAUCCAACCAUUGACUUGCAGGGCGAGCAAGAGGAAAACUUAGGCAACUUGAUCCACGAGACUGAAUCCUUCUUUAAGACGAGAGACAAGGAGUACCAGGAAACGAUAGGCCAGAUAGAGCUGGAGCUGGCCACGGCCAAGAGUGACAUGAACCGACACCUGCAUGAGUACAUGGAGAUGUGCAGCAUGAAGCGUGGCCUGGAUGUGCAGAUGGAGACCUGCCGACGGCUCAUCAAAGGCUCCGCAGACAGGAAUUCUCCGUCCCCCAGCUCCGUGGCCAGCAGCGACUCAGGAAGUACAGACGAGAUCCAGGAUGAGUUCGAGCGGGAGGCAGAUGUGGAGCCCAUGGUCAGCUGAUGACCGAGGCCCCAUGUGCCUGGUGGUCUUGGUGAUGGGGCUCCUGCCCCCCCUCUCCGCAUGGGGCCAGGAAGACUCCUCGGGGUGGGGCUCAGGUCCUCAUCACACAGACUUCCUGCGCCUUCCCUUCUCUGGAGGCCCCGAGGGACUGCUGCUUCCUUCCACCUUCCUCCCCCAGCGCCCCUUCUCCACCCACCCAAGGAAUGGUGCUGUCAAUUUCUAUUGUUCUCCACAUUACAAAUGCAGACUUCUGUCCGGACGAUGCAGUGUUAACUGUGCCUUCUCCCUUAAGCUGAGCCACUUUGAGCUCCAGAGAAUUAUUCCUAGCAGGUGUUUUUAUACAAAACUCUAAGGUGAGGGUGGUGGCCCCCCGGGCGUGGGAUAAUGUGGUUUUCUACCCUCCCACCUGCUCCUCUGAUUGGCCAUGAGCUAUGCCCUCCCUUCCCGUCUGCCAGCGCUGACCUAUCUGGGGCUGGGGAUGGUCUGCCUCCGCCGCAGGAAGCAGCCACUUGCCUCUGCAGCCUUUCCAGGCCUGGGUGGGGACUUCCCUGAUAUUCUUACUCACUGAAAGAAAAGAUGGAAGGAAGGGAGGGAAGACAAAUUUUUAUUUUCUUUUUGGAUCGAGUGGCAAAGUGGAGGGGCAAGGCACCGUGGGGGCAGGUGGAACCUCACUGUGUUUAAACUACUAUGCAAAAAACAAACAAAACAAAAGCAGCUUGCCUUACAUCAUUGUGGGAGGUAGGCCCUCUCCCAGACUCCUGGUUCCCAUGGCCCCCCUGGGGCUGGGAGGGAGGCCCAGGUUGAGAUGGGACCAUCUCUCUCGCAGCCUCUGAGGGUGAGCACUGACCGGGGAAGGGGUGUGGUCAAGGUUGGUAGCGAGGCCUGGGUUCCUGCAAGGCCACAGUCCACCUGACUGCUUGCUUUCUUUGGGACCUCUUGGGAUCGGGGUGGGGGUGGGGGUUCCUUUCAUUGCCCUGAUGACUUGAUGUUCUCCCUCCCUCUCUAGCCAACAAUAAGGGGUUCUAGGUCUGUAAUUUCUCUGUGAGAAAGUCUGAAGGGGUCAGGCCUGCUAACCACCCCCCUCCCCCAGUGGCGCUUGGAUUGGUACUGGCCUGCUGUCAUCUUGGUUCUCCGUGGUGCCGCAGUCGCCCGCUACUUGGCCACUGGUGGGGAAGAGGCAUUGGAAAGGGAAGGAGAGGGAGGCAGCAAGGGUUGCUGGCAGAUUGGAGGUGGCUUGAGUGGGCACUCGAGUGAGGACCAUCCUUGUUCUGUUCCUGGAUGUGCAUGCAAGCCUCUUUCUGUAAAUCACUUGACUGACCAAUAGGGGGGUGAAUCUGAGCCAGUAUCUCCCCAAGACCUGAGUGGCUUCAGUGGGCCUGAAUUGAAGAGCAAUGUGUUGAGACCACCCACCAAAUCUCAGCUUGGAGCCAGCCAAGCAGGCUUUGCUUUUUCUUUUUCUUUUUCAAACUUCUUUUUGUACCCACCAUGGUGGGUAUGAGUGCUGAUUUUUGUUUUUGUUGGCCUGAGAGCUCCCUCUGGAGGUCAAAGGAGCAAAGUGUGCCCAAGGACCACGAACCCCCUCACUACAGGCUGUCUGUGUCUGCAGGCAGAGGAGGGGACGCUGGGUUUGAGUGGGAUCGUGGUCCCCUGUCUUUCCUCUCCUGGGCACCAUCGACCUUUCAGGGCCUUUUCUCUCUUCCAUUUCCCCCACCUGUUUUGUAGUCUUAAAACCAUUGUACAGAAUAUUCAGAUAAAUGUAUAGAGAGAGACAGAGAGAAUGUUAGUGAUUGUGUGUGAUGUAAUUUAUCAGAAUCUGGUGGCCUUUAUCAUGAGUUUCUUCCUUUGCUUUACUUUGUUUUGUUUUGCUGGGAGAACAUCCCACUGGUUCUCUGCAGCAGUCUGGCUAUGAGGUUUCCAUUGCCAGUGUCCCUUGUUAGCCAAGCAGUCCCUUUUGGCAGGUACUUGGAAGGACAGUGGUUUUGGAAGAGAAAUAGCUCCUUCCUCUCCUCCUCACUGACCCUUGUUCUAAAGGUUACAGGGUUUCAACAUACCUGAUUAUUAUUGUUAUUGUUGUUAUUGUUUUAUUUUUAUUUUAACCAAAGGUUAUCAGAGCCAGUUGGGCUUGGACCUCAGCUGCUGAAAAGAUUUUCCGUUUCCAUGAGGGCAAGAAAAUGCUGUAUCCAGGGCUGAGGGAGGUUUGGAAGUCGGGUGGGCAGAGUGGAGCCAGCCCUGGAUUGUUUCUCAAGGUGGUGGGAAGGUGACAGACAUAUCUUUAGAGUUAAGACAGUAAGAAGCGGUAUAAGUAUUUGAGGACAACUAAGGCUACCAUGGCAAUUGGUGUCCAGUGGUACUAUUUUUGCUUUGCCUCUUGUAUACAUAGGUCAUUUGUUUUGGGGGACUAGGGUGCUCUGAAUUUGUUUAGGGAACAUGAAAGUGGCAGGAGCCAGAGAGAGGGACACUGGCCUGAGAGUUCCUGCUGGCUUUCAAUAUCGGCUCUCCCCUUGGGAGGGAGAAUUGGGGGCAGGAGGAUGGGGGCAGGGAUAGCAAAGGUGUGGUGGAUCUGCCUCCUGGGCUGGUUCCUGGGUCUUGGUCUAGCUGCCUUCCCAGCAAGUUCUUUUUCAUUUUGUUGCCAGUGGGCCCUGCUUGUCCCCUUGCCAUGAGCCCACAGCUUGCCAAGAAGACUCCACUACUCGCUGGGGCAGCACCAGGCCCAGUUGGGACAAACUGGUCCGUCCUUUGUAAAAUUGUAAAUACUUCAUUUUGGUUUUCUAUUUCUAAGCCCAGUGUCAUAUUGACACUGGUAUAUAGAAUUGUUCUCAGAUGGGCCCUUCUGUGCUGCCCUCUCUCACUCUCCUAUUUUGGGGGGUUUUAUACACAAACAGAGGAUUGGGGAGGGGCAGGGAUAGUAGCAUUCUUUUGGCUCCCAGGUUAGUUGUGAAAUACACACACACAUACACACACUCAUGCGUGCACACACACUCCUCUGAGACUCUGAACACAGAAAAAAAAUUAUCGGCAAGCAAAUUUCGCUUUCUAGUGGCGAUAUGUCCUGAAGUCUCUGAAAGACCAGUCCAUCAUGGACAUGGCUCUGUGGGUAGAGCUCAGAUGACCUAGUGAGAAUCAUACCACUUUGGUUUGGGAUGGGAGGAGAGGGGGCAGGGUAGGGGAUAACGUAGAGUGUAAUGUAAGCUUUAUAAAGCCAGAGAUUGUCAUCUAUUUUUAUGAAAGCAAAGGUUUUUUACUCUAGGGUAGGCAGUUGGGAUAGCCCAGCAUUUUUCUGUGGACAAGAUAUUGUGCAUGUUGCUGCUGGACUGAAUAUAAUCAGUACCCCUCGCCUGUCUUGUUCUCCCAUCCUCAAUUCUGGUUCAUCCACACCCAUGAGCAGCUUCAGCAGAGUGUAUAUCCCACUUCACCCCACUUUCCUCUUCCUGGACCCCUCAGCUCCUUGGAAGUCUUUGUGAAGGACACCUGUGGGGGCAAGUGGGCUUUGAGGGAUUCAGAAUUGAGGUGGGUGGGGAUAGGGAAAAGGAGAACUCUGUAGGUGAUGAGAUCUGUUGCAGAGGGUAGGCUCUGAGUAGUUAACCCAAUCUCUGGUCUGCCAAGAUCCAUUUCCAACUUCACUGUAUUAGGAGAGCGUUGAGAAGCAGCAGAAUGCGGGUGGCAAUGGGGCUGUUGGUUUGGGGAACACAUGGCUUCCUUAGGGCCUGGGCCUUAGUGGGUCCCAGGUUGUCAGGCAGCUGGAGUAGGAGUGGGAAUGCUAAGAUGCCCACAGCCCAGUGCCAGUUGUGCCUAUGCCAGGCCAAGGGCUGGGCUGCAGUCCCUGUUGUGCUCUUCCCAAGCCGUGGAUGAGGGACGAGGGAGCUGGGGGACUCCUCAGACUUGGGUCCUCCCCCUUGAGACACCGAGUCCUGGGUCUAGAAGGGCACCCUCAGAGAGUGGGGAGUCUGGAGGUGGCUGGGUGUGUACUGUUUGUAAAGCCAAAUUCUCUCUGGAAGGGAGUUUUCCAUGAGUGGAAGAUUUCCAGGCUCAGGAUGAGCUAUGCGUUAGUCUUGUGCAAAUCCUUCCCCUCCCUCCCAGUCCCUCAAAGAAAUGAGGCAAAGACACUCCCUGCCAAGACCCCUUUGUGGACAUUUUAGCAUCUACCUGAUUUUUAGCCCCAUCCAGGGAGACCUAUCCUACCCGACUCUUGCUGUUUGUCUGCCAGCUGGGUCUAGCAUCACGGGGAAGGGGGGGUUUAUACUCAUGGAAAGACUACUGAUCCUACCAGAAAACCAACCUGUUUACUGUACUGUUGUAAAUAUCAUGCCCUUUAUAUCCUGUAUAUUGGCUUCUUUUAAAUAAAGUGAAAUGUCUUAGAA